ACGGGCUCAGAUAAUUUUCAAAAUGGCGGCUGCCAGACGGUUUUAGGUCCUUUUCUGAAUUCUUAUCUAUUUUUAAAUAUUUUUAAAGAAGUGUUUUAAAAUUGGGGCUUAAGGGUAUCAAAGAGGAUAUUUGUGGGAUGUUUGAGUCUGAUGAUUCUCCUUCAGGAUACAAGAAGGUUAUUAGAGAUCGCGCUAGCGAGAGUCUUGGGUCUCUCCGAAUCACAUUCAACUCCCCUGUGAAAACUCCACCCUCCGCAAGUAACAACCGCUCAAGACAUGAAUACAAUUCUGCUGUCUCACGUCUGAAGGUUCUUCUGCAACAGUACAAUAAUUCCAAGCUUGCAUCAGAUCCAUCUUGGUUACAUGACGUGACUUCUAGGGUUCAGAGUCAAUCGAGUUUUCUUCCUGAUGCCGAUGAGUUGACUGAACUCCUCAACAGCCAGUAUGUUGUCAUACAGCACCUAGAAAACCAAGUGGAAUUCUACAAGGAUGCUCUGGGCACACUAAGAAAGAGAACAGAGCUGAUAACACAAGAGAACCAGUCUCUUUAUGAGCAGCUGAAGACGCGGACCGUGAAUGAGCUCGUUAGUGAAGCUCAGGAGACCCAUAUUGAGAGACCUGCAUCCUCUCAAACUCCAGCCAUGGACAGCAAAUCUAGGAAAGACAAAGGUCACGUGAGAUUCGACAUAUCUGAGGAGGAGAGUGAAGAGGAAUUGCCUUCUCCAAGGAUUCAUGACUACUACCCUCCCCCUCACAGUAAUACAGGGUCCUACCCACCCCACCCUGGAGAACACCCUGGUGACCAAUACUCAUUGGGGUCAGCUGGCUUGAUGAGCAGUGCGACAGGCAGUGAUGACCAGCUGUUCUUGUCAUCAAAGGAGAGACAGUUUGUUAGUCAAAUGCAAGCGGAAGUGGAUAAAAUUCGUGAGUUACAUGAAGCAAAGUCAAGACACUUGGAGACAUUGUUAUACUCAACAAGAGAUGAGUUGGAAGACUACCAAAGACAAGUAACACAGCUUCAAGAAAAGAUCAGAGAUCAAGCUGGGAUUUUGGAGCAGGGUGGGAAAUCUGUGCUGUGUUUGAAGUGUGGCACUCAAGAAGCUGUGCUUGCAUCAUCCGACGCUACUGCCAAAACUAUCAGCAAAAUCACAAGAGAGAGAGAUGAGUUAAUGGAUGUUCUCACGAAGCAGAAAAGCAGUGUUAGUGAAGUGCGCAAGCGAGAACUGGAUGCGUACACCCAGGUCAAAAAGAGCUGUGAGCUAGUGGAACAGGCACAGCUAGAGAAAGCACAGGCAAUCAUCCAGGUACAGCAGUUGAAAGAGGAGCUAAAGAAGCAGGGAGAACGCCAUGAACAGUAUGCACGGGAAUCCUGCAAUCGUGCAGGACAGGAGCUGGAGAAAGCCAAAAGUCGUCUUGUGGAAGACAUUGAUCAGUUGAACAAAAAGUUGCAGUCUAUGAGCGAUGCACAAGCUGCCACGGAGAACCAGCUUGACAGAGUGACCCGAGAAAAGGUUGCCAUAGCAACAGAACUGGAACAGGCUAAAGCACAGAUCAUGAGCCACUCUGCAGAGGUUGCUAAGAUGGGAGAGGAGAUGCAAAAAGAGCUGAAUGAGGCGACGAUUAAAACCACACUCGCUGAGCAACAGGUAGCCUCAUUGAAGACCGCAGUACAGCAGGCCAGCAGGCAGCGAGAACAGGAGCGUGUUCGCCAGCAGACAGAGUCGAGCGAGUUGCGGCGGAGACUGGAGGAGGCUGAGUCUGGCUGGAUGGAGAGCAAGGAGGAGUGUAUCCGGCUGACUGAGAGGCUCGACCAUGCCACGAGAGAGGCUAAAAUCUCAGCUACUGCAAAAAAGAACCUGGAGAAGGCAAGAGCUGCUGAAUUGACAGCUGUCAAUCAGCAAGCAACGCAGAGAGAGCAACAACUUACAACGCUUUUACAGGAAACAGAGAACCGCAAUAUGCAAGCGCGCGUGGAGCUGGAGCAGAUGUUGGAAUCUCAGAUGAACGUGGUGACGAGGCUGAAGGCCGAGUGCCAGCGACUGACGCAGCAACUUAACGACCUGUCAAUCAAAUCAAGGAAGGAGUUGCGUGACAGCGUGACCGAGCGUGAUAGGAUUCAAACCCAGCUGUCUAGCGUGAAAAGUAAGGGCAAGGAGCUGGAGGCCAACUUGAAGAAGAAAGACCAAUUGGUGGAGAACCUGAAUAACAAGCUCAAGCGCUCCGAGACGGACGUCAAGACAAACAUCACCCAGAUAUAUGAUCUCCUCGUGAAGCAGAACUCUUUGUUGCGUGACCGUCAAGCGCUGACGCGAGAAGUGGAGUAUCUAAGACAACAACUCCUCCAGUCACGCACACAGGAUUGCGUUACCCCUGCCGACACGGAGAGUAACGCAAGUACCAUUGAUAACCAGGACGCGUGACUACAGACAUUUUAAAUAUGUACAUAUAUUGUAUUUUACUUUUUAAAUUUUAAGACUAUGUAUAAAGUAUACAUAGAUAGGAUACGCUUUAUUCUGAUUUUAACAAAAUUAAUAAGAUCAUCCGAAAUCUCAAGUGCCAUUUGCCUUUUCCUCUGGCAAGGUUUUUAAAAUGGGUGUAUACGUUUUACUGUUCAAGAAGACAACAAUAUGUAACAGCAAAUUUGUGACUGACUUCUCUCUGCUUAUUGGCCAUGUGCAAGGUUCACGUGACUCGCGUGUCGUCAUAUGUGCGUAAUCCCCCUGCAUAUCUUUGACGUAACGCUGUCCAUCUCGCGUUUUGCGUGUCUGCCGCGAGAGUAUCGUGUUUAUCACGCGUGUAGUUCACAGUGUGAGCCUGCAGCAUCUGUACACGUAUCGCACCAUGUCAUCCUCGUAGUCGCUCCUGCGUGCGAGUUGGAAGGACUGGAGGAGCUCGUCGUUUCUGCACCUGACGUGGUGUCUGUCGAGGAACAUGAUCUCGCCAUUCGCGCGCUGCCUCCACCCGGUCUUCACUGUUCUGCAGUUCGCACUGAACUGACCAAACCUGUCCUCUAGCUCCAAGACCUUCCCACGAGUCAGCGCGAACUCUUGGUCUGUAGUCUAGGGCGAGAAAAAUAAGUAAUGUGCUAUGCAAAAGCCUACGGGCCUCAAGUUAUGGAAUGGUAUAAUGGCAUGGUGUAUGGUGUGGCAUGGAUGUUGCUAUUCUCACCGAGUAAGCUGACUCAAUGGUUCUUAGUUUGGACCUGUAUCGCUCUAUCUCCCUUGUGCGAAUACGGACGUCCUGCAUCACUUGUGCUACGUUAUUCUGUAGCUCGUUCUUUACUUUGGAGACAUCCAACUACAAAUCAACAAUCAUUGUGUCAAAAAAUGUCAAGGAUAACAAGUGACAUGCGUAUUAUCAUGGCAACCAAGAACAUUUCAAAGAAAGUGAGCCUCCCUACCGGGAAUAAAAUAAAUUCUCUAUGGAUGAAAGACCAGAUUCAUUUGUCGUGCCAAAUCUAAUUUUUUGGAUUGUGCACAUGAACAGUUCGAUGCUCGGCGCGGUGCAGUUGAACUGUUUGUGGUUUCCCUGUUUUGUUGUUGUCAUGUACUAGAGGCUUUUAAUAAUCAGGUUGCCUCACUUUGUACAUUAUAAACUUCGGCCAUUAAUCUCUACAUGACUACGCUUAUUAAACACACCCUCCUAGUUCACCUCCUUAAACACACAACCUCCUAGUUCGCCCCCCAAACACAUCUCCCUCCUAGCUCACCCCCAAACACACACCCUCCCAGUUCACCCCCCAAAUACACACCCUCCUAGUUCACCCCCCAAACACACACCCUCCUAGCUCACCCCCCAAACACAUCCCCCUCCUAGCUCACCCCCAAACACACACCCUUCUAGUUCACCCCCCAAACAUACACCUUUCUAGUUCACCCCCCAAACACACACCCUCCUAGCUCAUCCCCCAAACACACACCCUCCUAGUUCACCCCCCAAACACACACCCUCCUAGCUCACCCCUAAAAAACACACCCUCCUAGUUCCCUCCACAAACACACACCCUCCAAGUUCAACCCCCCUUAAACACAUCCCCCUCCUAGCUCAUCCCCCAAACACACACCCUCCUAGUUCACCCCCCAAACACACACCCUCCUAGCUCACCCCCAAACACACACCCUCCCAGUUCACCCCCCAAACACACACCCUCCUAGUUCUCCCCCAAACACAUCCCCCUCCUAGCUCACCCCCAAACACACACCCUCCCAGUUCACCCCCCAAACACACACCUUUCUAGUUCACCCCCAAAACACACACCCUCCUAGUUCACCCCCCAAACAUACACCUUUCUAGUUCACCCCCCAAACACACACCCUCCAAGUUCACCCCCCAAACACACACCCUCCUAGUUCACCCCCCAAACAUACACCUUUCUAGUUCACCCCCCAAACACACACCCUCCUAGUUCACCCCCCAAACACACACCCUCCUAGUUCACCCCCCAAACACACACCCUCCAAGUUCACCCCCCCCCCCCCCAAACACAUCCCCCUCCUAGCUCACCCCCCAAACACACACCCUCCUAGCUCACCCCCAAACACACACCCUCCCAGUUCACCCCCCAAACACACACCCUCCUAGCUCACCCCAAAACACAUCCCCCUCCUAGCUCACCCCCAAACACACACCCUCCCAGUUCACCUCCCGAACACACACCUUUCUAGUUCACCCCCCAAACACAUACCCUCCUAGUUCACCCCCCAAACACACACCCUCCCGGUUCACCCCCAAACACACACCUUUCUAGUUCACCCCCCAAACACAUACCCUCCUAGUUUACCCCCCAAACACACACCCUCCCGGUUCACCCCCCAAACACACACCUUUCUAGUCCACCCCCCAAACACACACCCUCCUAGUUCACCCCCAAACACACACCUUUCUAGUUCACCCCCCAAACACACACCCUCCUAGUUCACCCCCAAACACAUCCCCCUCCUAGUUCACCCCCAAACACACACCCUCCUAGUUCACCCCCCAAACACACACCUUUCUAGUUCACCCCCCAAACACACACCCUCCUAGUUCACCCCCCAAACACACACCUUUCUAGUUCACCCCUCAAACACACACCCUCCUAGUUCACCCCCAAACACAUCCCCCUCCUAGCUCACCCCCAAACACACACCUCCCAGUUCACCCCCCAAACAUACACCUUUCUAGUUCACCCCCCAAACACACACCCUCCUAGUUCACCCCCAAACACAUCCCCCUCCUAGUUCACCCCCAAACACACACCCUCCUAGUUCACCCCCCAAACACACACCUUUCUAGUUCACCCCCCAAACACACACCCUCCUAGUUCACCUCCCGAACACAUACUCAUGGUGAAUCAUCCGUACCAUGCUAGCUUUCUCCUUGACAGCUCGCUUCAAGUUCUCUAUCGUUUCUUCCUGCUCUAGGAUCUUUUUGUCGUGGGAUUUGAUUAGUCGCUCUAUGUCUGAUAAGCGCUGACUGAAAGUCAACAGCGAUCCGAGAACCGACGGCGUUACGAUUUGGCCAGAUGAGCUCCCGACCGGCUACCGACAAAAACAAAAAUCAUAAUAGGUUAUUCCGAGCAUUUGAGUUACAACGUUCUGAUCCGCCCACGAAGGCGUUGCGACCUACGGUUACAAGACGGAAGAACGCUUAUAGACCCAUAGUGUUACAACUACAUACAGUUUAGAUAGACCGGGUGUGUUUCGAAUAAGAUAUAAUAAUAAGAAUAUGUGCGGACAGGCGAACUUGGAACUGGAAUAAUUUUUUUCCGGUUUUUAAAUCUAUUUUUCUUAUUUUUAUUUUUUCUAUUUAUGUUUUUUUAGCAUAAUAGUCUGCCAAAGAUCCAUAGAUCAAAGUAAUUUUCCUCAAAAUCUUGUAUGUAUAGAAAAGUUGUAGAGGGAUAACGCACACCCCCCCCCCCCCCCCCCCCCCCAAGUCGGAAUAACGCAAAAAAAAUGCGGGUUGUGAGGGUCAACAUAUGCGGGAUAACCCAAAAUAGCUGACAUUGCGAUCAGAUAAAUCAUAUGUGAGCAAAAAAAAUCUUAUUUCCAAAGGGAAGAACGAGUUGGAGUAGAGUUGUAAGAAGGAUAUAUACGCAAGUUUAUUGUAUCGUAACGGAAUAUCUGAAGGAUUUCCUUUUUGCUUUGCUAUAUAUUCGGAAACUUCGGUCGAGCUUUGGCAAGAUAAACAACGGAAAAAAUAGAAAUGAUGUUUUGUAUCCCCUGUUUGAUGAGCGAUAACGAAACUAAACGAACCAAUGAGUUUCUGACCUGGCUACCGGCGAAAACAUCAUUUGAGAUAGACCUUAAAAAUAAAGCAAACUAGACUCCCAACUAGACGUACAAACACAAUCGGGAAGCAAAGAGUAAAAUAAAGAUGUGAGAGUUGUUUGUUUUUCUUUGCUCGAGGUUAUAUUCGCGUUGUGUCUGUUUCAAAUACCGCUUCUAUUACGUCUUCUAUUAAGCGCCAGCUCGCUGUGCACUAAUUGGUUAUAAAAAACGCUCUUUUAAAAAAAUGGUAGACAUUAAAACCUCACCUGGCUUUCAGUUUGCUUUUGAGAAAAAGAAGCGUCCAGAAAACCCAUCAAACAAAGGAACAAUAUAGCGGACGCCAUGAUGGCAAACUGG